AGCAACAUUGAAUUGUAAUACUCCAAGAAGUGACAUGGCUUACUCAAAUUCUUAUAUGUUUCUUGGUUUGGGACUUUUUGUUAUUCUCUCUUCUCAAGUUCUAGCUGAUAAUGUUCCUCCUCCUCCCCCUCCCCCUCCUCCACCUCCUACAAUUAUUUUUAUGGUAAACCGAAUGACAACCGUGGAUAGUUAUGCUGGCUUGAUGGAUGAAGUGACACUUCUAAAAGCUGAAGCUGAUCAGAUGAUUGUCCUUGCAAAUUUGAUACAGAAGAAUGUUGCUAAAUCUAUUCAUCAUAACCGUAAAUUUCUAAAUCACUUGUUUGAUGAAGAAGAUAAAGUUUCCAAAAGUGAUGAGGAAGAUAAAGUUUCCUUAAGUGAUGAAGAGGUAAAAUUUCUAAAAGUGAUGAGGAAGAUAAAGUUUCCUUAAGUGUUGAAGAAGAUAAAGUUUCCAAAAGUGACGAGGAAGAUUAAGUUUCCUUAAGUGACGAGGAAAAUAAAGUUUCUUUAAGUGACAAGGAAAAUGAAGUUUCUAAAAGUGAUGAGGAAGAUAAAGUUUUCAAAAAUAACGAGGAAGACAAAAUUUCAAAAUAUGAGAAAGACGAAAGUUUAAAAAAUGAGAAGAAAGAUAAAAAUUUUAAAAGUGAGGAGGAAGAUAAAGUUUUCAAAAAUGAUAAGAAAGAUAAAAUUACAAAUUAAAAAUAAUGAGAAAGAUAAAGUUUCCAAAUGUGAGGAAGAAGAUAAAUUUUCUUUAAUAAAAUAAUUAAAUCUGGCGAGUAAUAUAAAAUUUUCACGUGUAAUAUAAAUUUCCCCUGUAUAAAUAGCAUGCAAAAAAAAAAAAUAAAAAAUCUAGAUGUAUAAAUAAAAGGUUGAAAGUAGACCUUCUGCUUU